AGGUUCUACGAAUUAAAUAUUUUACAGAUUAGUCAGCAAUCACAAUCAUAAUUGGCGGCUCUUUUGAAGUUGCCUAGUGGCUUGACAUCUUGUUAAUCAACUUAAAGCCAAUAAUCACGCUUAUGUAAGGAUCAUGGCUUCUUUGAAGAAAGUUAUUCAGAAUACAUGGCCAACAAAGAGAUUUAUAACGGGGGUCGGGAAAGAAAACUUCGGUUUUAUUGGAACACCAGCAUCAAAACAGGCUAAAAAGAACAACAUGCAGGGAGAAAUCAAAAUCAAGAGCGAUGUCGAUGCAGGUGGACACUUCCUAAGAAGACAAACCAGUCUAACUCAGUCAGUCAGGGAUGUGAUGGGCACCUUUAGACAGAAAUUGAAAAAGUCCACACGACAAAGAAAGCGCCUUCAACAAAGUGUGAGUUCACCAGGCACGCCUAGCAGUAAGAAAGCAACAAGAAGAAGUACCGGUACUCCAACACGUAGGGGAGGUUACAGAGAAGUACGUAUGUACUCACCUUUUAGCAUUGAAACUGUCAACCCUUCACCAGCCGGUUUCAGACAGGGACGCAGAAAUAAAUGGUUUGACAUUGAAACUCCGACCCGUCUCCGCAAGGAAGUGGAAGAUUUGACAGCCAACAUGCAGGCCCUGAUCAACCUGACACCCAACACACUCAAGUCAAGAGCCUCAAGGAGGUCUCUGAACCAGCCUGCUACUCCAUCUACACUGAAGACUCAAAGCUCUAAGAGAUUCACAGACGUGUAGACAUAAAGCCACCCUGGAACCACCGAGAGAGAGAGAUGGAGAGAGAAUGUCGGCUUUUCACUUUUGCAAAAUGUGUGUGCCAAUUUGGUUUUUGUUGUUGAUGGGUUGUACGAAGCAUUCACUAAUGUACAGUAAGCACUUGUUAGAGGCUUCAUCCACAUCCUUUGUACAUGUAUUAUGUUAUUACUUUGACAAAAAUAUGAGACUUGGUCUGGGAAAACAGGGCUUAAUGCAUGUGCAUAAAGUGUCGGCUUAAGGCUAAAAAGGGGCGACACUUUCCGCCUAAACUGGGCUUUCCCUAAGAAGACCUUCUUUAACUAAAUAAUACCACGAAGCGGCAAGUGUUGUUCCUGCUUAGCCUGUGCAGACUGCACAGGCUUAUCUGGGACAACACUUUACGCACAUAAAUUUUGGCCUGUUUUUCCACAGCUCAUAUUCAUCAUGACUUUGUAAACGUGCUAAAAAACAUUUCAUUCAUUUCCUUGACAACGUGCCAUGCAUGACUUUGAAGAUGAAGACUUUACACAUGAUACUUAUUUAUAAUUUUGCAACCUUAACCUCACACCUGGUGUUCUGUUAGCAUAAAUACCAUGCUAAAGUUUUGUCUUGAACAUGUAUUCCUUUUUUAGUCAUUGCACAUGUUUAACCAGUUUUAUAAUAUAAUGAAAGUCUGUUGGUGUGAUGACAAAGAUUUUCUUUUUAACUUUAAAAUGUUUAAAGUUUUAAAGAAAAAAAUGAAGAUUUUCUGCACGUGUGCAUGGGUCUUUCCAAUCAAUCUGUAAGUUAAUAAUUUAUCUGUCAAUGAAAAUAUAAAUACCUCAUAGGGUCACCUUGUGCAAAUUGCACUUUAAGCACAACAUUCGUGUCAACAGCUGUCCACAGUUCAAAGGUCAAGAUCACAUUCAUAGGUCACAGAAAUUCAACAUUUAUCAAGCAUUGGAAAAUAACUGACCACAAAAUGUAGGACGAUAUGUUGUGAGCAACAUUGGUGUCCAUAGCUUAAAGGUCAAGGUCACACUUAGCAGUAGGUCAAAUAUGGGGUGGGCAUGUUUUUUUGUCACGUGUCUUCAUUUCAAACACUUUUCCAUAAAUGUUGCUGUAAAACCUAUUAGAAAUCAUAAUGAUUAAAUCCAUUGUAAAAAAUUUGUAUUGAUGUAAAUAUGUCAAAAGUUUGCAGAAGUAUAAUUGUAAAUAUAUGUGUAUAGUGCUUUUAUUGUUCCAUAUUCAAUAUAAUAAGUGUAAUAUAAGUCAUAUUCUUGUCCUGUAUGGUAUUAAUUCCUCAGUAUUUCUAGCUCGAUCACUUGCCAAAUAGUCUGAGCUCUACAACAUUUGUUGGCGUGUGCGUCUACGAAAGGCUCUGGUUAAGGUAAAUGUGCAACAGCUUCCAUAUCACUGUUUCAACAACAUGAUUUCACUGAAACUUAACCCAUUUAUGCCUAGCGUCUAGAAAAAAGGCCUUGGCAAACAGAGAAGACCCAGAUGAGACGCCGCAUGAUGCGGCAUCUCAUCAGGGUCUGCGUUGUUUGCUUAAAGGAAUUUCUGUUAGAAAUAUUCUAAAUAUAGAAAUAAAUAAAGUAGACAUCCCUAAUUUUGGAAAUAAAUUGAUCCAAUUUAGAAGGAUGGGAGAGUCUACUAGGCAUAAAUGGGUUAAGGUAAAUGUGCAAUAGCUCCAUAUCACUGUUUCAACAACAUGAUUCAACUGAAACUUAACACAUGUUUUGUGCAAGGUGUUAAGGUAGCACACAUGAAGACCUUGCAUGGGAUUAAAGAGUUAUUUGCAUCAAAAUCUAUUAAUUGGUCAAACGUGUUGUUAAUCUAAAUUUUUCGAUUUAAUUUGCAUAUAACUAAAUAUGUAACUAUCAAAUAUGUUUUUAUAGUCAUAAUAUCACAUAAUGGACAGACAAUGUACAUUACACUAUGAAAGCAGCAGAAUGGUGGAGCGGGUUGUCUUGGGACAGAUCUUGUGUGUUAUCUUGUACAUUAUAAUGUGUAAACUGUUCACCAUUGUUUGUUGUCUUUUCCUUAUUUGUUACCAAAUACAUGACACAAUCUUUAUUUAAUGUUUAUUUUACUAAAUGUUGUUUAUUGUUCAAAAUGUUUUAUUUGGUCAGUUAAAAAUAAGAUUUAUUUUUCAUAUUUUAUUAACACAUACAUUAUUUAAUGAUGUUUACUUCUACUCAAAUUUGUAAUUUCAUAUUAAACAAUAUACUCACACUGUAGGAUGUGACUUUGGAGUAUGACAUCAAACUUGGAAUAGACUUCAUUUCAGGGAUUUUCUCAAUCAAAACUGUUCAUUUCAUGUUCUGAAUGUAUUUUUAUAAUAUUCUGUGUAUGCUUUUACGAUAAUAUGCACUUUUCCAUGACUUUUUCAUUAAUAGUGAUUGUGUGUUUAUCCUUUUAACUGUAUUUUUUAACAGUGUUUAAUCACACAUUGACACAGUUUCAUUUUCUACACAUUUUUUUAUCAAAGAGACAUCCAGUUUUGUUGAGAAAUCAAUUUAUAUAAUGCAAUAGUAAAUGCAAGUGUCUAUUUAACAUGCACAUUUAAUUUGUCAAAGUUAAUAAGUUUGACAGAUAAAACUGCAUAAAAUGGAUAAUUGAAAACAAACAGUUUGCUACAAGAUUAAUGUCUUAUUCCAACUUCACAUAAUAAUGUGUUUACUGAACAUUACAACCCACAAGUAUUUCCCUUUGGUUCAUUUUAAAUCUAAAAUAUAAAUGUGUGUACAUUUUUUUCUUUAUAUUCAAAUUGAUAAUAUAAUAUAUAUUAUUCAUAUGUACUUCCUUUGAUAUCAGGGUAACCAAUUACUUGUACCAUGACUGUAUGCUAGAUCUUUCAAAAAUACAAAGGACAUCUGUGUCAUUACUAAAGUAACAACUGACUUGAAAUUGUCUGUUUUAUGCAUGUAAGGUCACAGACUAAUGCCCAUCAUUUUUAUAACGUGAAAGAAGAAUUAAUAGUUGAGCAUGCCGUUUGGAAUAAUCUCUUGUGUUUUGUUUUCUUGCCUUAUUGAGAUUAAUAUUAUUAUUUAUAUUAUUUAUUUAUUUGCAUUAAUAAGAUUAAUCUUCAAAAUUCUCUUUACCAAAUUGUUAUUUAUUAUGCAGUAAUAUAUUACUACCAGUAUACAAGCAUGAUUAUAACAAUUAACAUAAAUGGAAAAAAACUAUUUGCAUACAUUAUGUUUAUACUAGUGAAUUAAAAUGUAACGUAACCUUAAAGUACAAAACAUAGUAAGUUUUACUUAUAAAAUAAAUGUAUUAAAUAUAAAUAAAAAAGUAUGUAUCUAAUGGGGGUUUUCCUUCAUAUUUAGAGGUGAAAACUGCAAUAUUUGUUCAAAAAUGUAUUUCUCAUUAAUCCAUGUAUUGCUGCUCAUGCUUGCAUUUGUAAUCACUCUGCAUAAAAUCUCAAAUAAAACAGCUUCUGAUAUUAA